AAAUCACCAUAUGUGUUUAUAAUAUAAUAAAUGGGUGGUGGUACUGGUACUGGGUAUUCACUAUGAUAUCAUUUGAUAGUUUGACGAUUCGACAAUAAUUGUGUGAGUCUCUCGAUAUCUAUAUAUAUAAACUUGGCUACAUAUGUGUGUCGUUUAUACAAAGCUUUCGUUGUUGUUGUUGUUGUUGUUUUAUGUAAGCAUGCAUGAAUGCAUGCAUGUUUUUUCUUCGGUUCGAAUCUUGAUUUCUUGAUGAUAAUGUAAACAAAACACAUGUCUUAUUAUAAAAGUUAGGCGGUGUCGUUACCACGACGAUGUCCAACUUUUUUUUAACCAUCAAAUCAUCAUACAUCAUAGUUGUCGUCAUUGUUUCCAUGUUUUUUUUUGCCCAAAAACUGAAUUCUAGUCAAUUAUUCAAUUGAAAUUUGACAAAGAUUUCACAUUAUGAAUAAAAUACAAACAUUCAUUACAUUGUUUGUUAUAUUUGUUUCGUUGCUAGGAUUUUGUUCGACAAAAAAUGUAAAAGAUUUGAUUGUCGUAUCGGUCGCCACACGUAGUACCGAUGGUUUUGAACGUUUUAAUCGUUCAAUUCAGGUUUACGGAUUGAAAUUAGAAUUGCUUGGUCUAAAUCAACCAUGGAAAGGUGGUGAUGUAGUUCGAAGACCUGGUGGUGGACAGAAAAUACGAUUAUUACGGCAAUAUCUAGAAUCGGUACAAGAUAGAGAUGAUCAUCUCAUACUAUUCACCGAUAGUUACGAUGUUAUCAUCAAUGGUAAUGGUGAUGAAAUCAUUAAGAAAUUCAAUACAUUCAAGGCAAACGUUGUAUUUUCAUCGGAAAAAUAUUGUUGGCCCGACAUAUCAUUAGCUACUUUAUAUCCUAAAACCGAUGAUAAACGUUAUCUAAAUUCUGGUGGUUUUAUCGGUUUUGCAUCCGAUCUCUAUAGAAUCAUUCAGCUAGCCAAAGAUAUUAAUGAUGAUGAUGAUGAUCAAUUAUUUUAUACGAAAAUUUAUCUUGAUAAAAAAUAUCGUGAAAAAAUCGGUAUAAAAUUGGAUAGAAAUUCACAAUUAUUUCAAAAUCUAAAUGGUGAAAUCAGUGAUGUUGAAAUUCGUUUCAAUCAAGGAUCAAAUAUUGUUGAUAAUCCCAAAAAUGCUGAUGCAUUUUUAUUCAACAAAAUCACACAAACAUAUCCAAUUAUUGUACAUGGAAAUGGUGCAAGUAAAAUUCCAUUAAAUUCUUUGGGAAAUUAUCUAGCUAAAUCAUGGCAUCCGGCAAUUGGUUGUAUUUCAUGUGAUGAAAAUGAACAACGAAUUAAUUUGGAUCACAUUGAUCAUGAUGAUUAUCCUCAUGUUUUAAUGGCCAUCACCAUAUUGAAACCAACACCAUUUUUUCCAGAAUUUCUUGAAUAUUUAACAUCAUUAGAUUAUUAUAAACAUCGUAUUACAUUGUUCAUACAAUCAACAAAUGAUUAUCAUAAUGAACAAAUUGAUAAAUUGAUGGAAAAUUUUCGUAACUAUUAUCAUGAUAUACGAUAUGUGGAAAAUAAACAGGCUAAAGAAUGGCAACUACGUAAUAAUUAUCUUGAUGAAUGCACACGUGUCAAUUGUGAUUAUCUAUUUGUCGUCGAUAGUGAUGCUCGAUUAACCAAUAGUCGUACACUUCGUGAUCUAAUCGAAGCCAAUCGAUCAAUUAUUGCAUCAAUGUUGGUACGUCCAAAAGAAUAUUGGUCCAAUUUCUGGGGAACAAUCACCAAUGAUGGCUAUUAUUCACGUUCACAUGAUUAUGUUCAGAUUAUUAAAAAUGAACGAAGAGGAAUCUGGAACGUACCAUUCAUAUCGACCGCUUAUCUAAUCAAAUCUUCAUUACUAAAUUUGGAAAAUCUUUCGGCCAAUGAAAAUAAUAAUCAUCGACCAUUAUCAUAUCGAAAUCAUCAACAGCAUAAAAAUGAUGAUAAUGAUGAUGAAAAAUCAUUCGAUGCCGAUAUGUAUUUCUGUCAAGUAUUACGUGAUAAUGGUAUAUUUAUGUAUGUCACAAAUCUUAAGGAUUAUGGUCAUCUUGCUCAGAUGGACACAAUGGAUGUAUCGUUGAAACAUCCAGAAUUUUAUGAAAUUUAUACGAAUGAAUAUGAAUGGCGUAAACGUUAUAUACAUGAAAAUUAUUCUACAAAUCUACUUGAUGAAACAAUUAUUGAACAACCAUGUCCAGAUGUUUAUUGGUUUCCAAUUGUAACGCCAACAUUUUGUCGUCAUUUAAUUGAAAUCAUGGAAAAUCAUGGACAAUGGUCAGCGGGAAAAAAUCAGGAUCCACGAUUAGCUGGUGGCUAUGAAAAUGUACCUACCGUUGAUAUUCAUAUGAAUCAAGUUGGUCUAGAACAACAUUGGCUUUAUUUCCUACGUGAAUAUAUCCGUCCAGUACAGGAAAAAAUAUUUAUUGGUUAUUAUCAUGAUCCACCAAAAGCAAUAAUGAAUUUUGUUGUUCGUUAUCAUCCAAAUGAACAAGCUUUUCUACGGCCACAUCAUGAUUCAUCCACCUAUACGGUGAAUAUUGCAUUGAAUAGACCAAGAAUCGAUUAUGAGGGUGGUGGUUGUCGAUUUGUACGACAAAAUUGUUCAGUUACUAAUCUUCGUCUUGGUUGGUCAUUAUUACAUCCUGGACGAUUGACACAUUAUCAUGAAGGCUUGACAGUAACUAAAGGUGUUCGUUAUAUUAUGGUAUCAUUUGUUGAUCCAUAAUAUCCAAAUAAUCUGAAUAAUCUGAUAAGAACAAAAAAAAAUUUUCUCUAAAAAAAAGACAAUCCAAUAAAUAGAAAGCUCUUGUUUCAAUGUUAUUUCCGGCCAUAAAAAUGUCAUGAUGUAUUUUUUUUAAAAAAAUCUAAUCGAUACAUUACUACACACUACUGCUAGUCGUCUUUAAAUCACGAAUUUUUUUUCAUCAAACAACACAUACGCACACCUACAUAUAUUUAUCAAUAAACGAAAAACAUUGAUCAAUUUCA